AUGCCGAACGCAGAACAAACACCCCAGGCCUCAGACCUUCGCAACAAGGAUCCUAUCCUACACUUCACCGGCGUUUGCGGUCAUUGCCUGUAUCGCACCUUCAUCGAGUUCAUCCUCAUCGUCAUCUUCUUCGCCGUGAUGAGCGAGCGUCGAGCGCUCUACCAGGCGAUGCAAGUUGCGCCUGUAGAGCACCUCUCGACCUGGAGAGAACUCGUCAUCACGCACUCUCUCUGUUCGACCAUCUUCGCUCACGCUCUCUUCGGUGUCUCGCUCCUUGGCAUGGUACCCCAUUUCAUGGUUACCGCGCUCAUCGACGCCACUCUCAUCGGCUUCGGCAUCCUCACGGCCGAGCAGCCAGACAUGUCGAUGAUGUUCGAUUUCCAAGAUCCUAGACCAGAUAUCAUGCUGAUGUGGGGAUCACUCCUGCCGCUUCCUUACCUUCUCGUCACUGGCAGCACCAUCGGCGGAUUAUUCGGUUGCUUACUUCAACUUCUUGGCGAAGGCUUGGAGGAGAUGCGCUCCAAGGGUACAUCGUCGCAGCAAGGCCGGGAGGACAGCCCUGGGCUUCUCGUAGUACGUGCUCCAGCGAUCGAUCAGAAGCCAGGCGCUGCCAUCGAGUAUGUCAUCAAGGAUGAGUGA